AUGACACAGGAUGACGGCGUCUGGGUUCUAGGCUAUGGAUCUCUGAUCUAUAAACCUCCUCCUCAUUACCAAUACCGGGUUCCGAGCGUUAUAUAUGGCUACAAGCGCAGGUUUUGGCAGAGUUCCGCUGAUCACCGGGGCACGCCAGAAAAGCCCGGGAGGGUUGCGACGCUGAUCCCAUUCAAAGACAUCCAUGAAAGACCCGAAUUCCUAAAAGACAGCAUGCGGUACAGACAGCGGGAAUUCUCGAAGCCAGAAGACUUGCGUACGCUUGCUGUUGCAUACUACAUACCGCCAGAAAAUGCUCAACAAGCUCUCGGAUUUUUGGAUGUGCGUGAACAAGAUGGCUACACCGUACAAAGAGUCGAAGCGCACCUCGAAACAGCUAGUAUAAAUGAGCCAGAGCUCCAGAAGGCUUUAGAGUUGCUUCCUAAACAUCCUAGGACUGGUAAGCGGGUCUUGAAGACGCUCGUGUAUAUCGGCAUCGUCGACAAUGACUCGUUCGUCGGGCCUGAAGACAUUAAAGUGACUGCCAAUGUCAUUCGGUUCUCGGCAGGCCUUAGCGGGCACAACCAAGAGUAUCUCCUAAAACUUUAUUCAGCACUCUCAGAGCUUUCUAAUUCCCUGGAGGAGCCUUUGCAUGAGCUAGAAGAUUCCUACCUUGAUGAGCUAGUGAGAAAUGUGACCGAAGUUAAUAAAAAAUACUAA